AUGACGAACCAGAAGGAGUGGCUGAAAAUUUUCAGAGCAUCACCGAUACCGUAUGUGCUGUUGGGAGACGAGGGGAAACUUCCUGUGAAAGGGGAAGGAGACCUAGUGCUGCAAAGAGCUUAUGGUGAGGUGAAGCUGGACAACGUGCUGCUGGUGGACAAGCUCAUGCUCAACCUCAUUAGCAAAUCGCAGCUGGAUAGUGGUGGAUGCAAAACUUUCAGCGACAAGGGGAGCAUAUGGGUCUUUGGAGCGGAUUGGAAGGUGAUAGCGGAGGGAUCACGCAAGCAAGGGCUGUACGAGAUGAAGCUGCACGAGAAACAGAGUGGGGACAAGGUCACGUACCUGGCUGAACCGGAAGCGGGUAAGGUGGCACGAGAUGAGCUCCGCACCAAGUUCGAAAGGGUGCCGAUCAAGGAGUUGCAGCAGCAGGCGCUUCUUAUGGCAGCAGCAGUGAGCACGGUGGACGUCAACCUGCUGCAUAGGAGGAUGGGGCACGCUGGUCAUUAUCGAAUCAAGGAGCUGAUCAAGAAGAACAUGGCAGCGGGAGUGAAGGUACCUGAGGGUGGAGAGGAAAAUCUGAAGUGCAGCACAUGCGUGGAGGCAAAGGCGACAAAGGCACCACAUCCCAAGCAUGGAGUCCGAGCUGUUGCAAAGGAAGCGGCAGGAGCACCAACUCCACUGGAGGAGAUGAUAGAUGGGAGUGAGAAGGAGGGGAUAGGGGCAGCCAAUGGAAGCGGUGACAAUGACGACUACGAAGACCACACUACGCCGGGUUUCGAUUGGGUGUGGGAGGUCCAGGAGUUGUCCUCACCUUCAACUGCUGUGGAAGAGGGUGAAGAAGACAAUGAUAAGGGAGAAGAAGCGAGUGACAACUCAACGAAUGAAGCCGGUGAGGAAGAAGCUGAAAUUUCUGAUGUGGAGGAGAGUGUGGCUGAAUCUGCUAGCACGGGCUGCUCCGACCCAUGGCGAAUCAUUGACACGGGGGACAAUGAAAAGGUGGCAGCAGAGAUUGAAGACCUACUUUCGGACGGUGCGAUCGUCAUUGGAAGGGAGAUUGAAGGAGAUUCCGUGCAACAAGGAGCGGAUGAUAAUGCAGCAGCAGAGAAAAGUGGAGCUGAAAAUGAGAAUCAGGAGAUGGGGAAAGGGAAACGAGUCAAGAAACCCAAUCCUAACUCCGCACCUGCCUCUCCUACACAGACGUCUGGCGGACCAACUCCCAGCCCUCUGCACCGCACCUGCGUCUCCCACAACCACAAGUCCGCAGCCACCUCUGCCCCACUGCACGGGUAUCCCCCACCCCCCCUCCCCCCACACAGCGCAGCCACACUGCUUACCCAGUGCAGGCCGAGGCACCCACCCGCUUCUCCCACGCCAACGUCUGCCCCACGGAUUCCUGCCGGUAGGGUGGAGCCGCACUGCUCUCACCCACGCGCUGUACCCAUACCCUCUCCCUUCUCCCCCACCUUCUCCAGCCACCCCCCCAGUGCUGCACCUGCUGCUCCUAUUCUGACGUCUGGCCGGCGGUUUUGCGGCCUUACGGUGUGGCCGCACAGCUCUCACCUCACCCUCGCACUGUACCUUUCCCCCCCCUUCCCACCUCCUCCAACCCUUCCCCUGUCUUUCUUCCCACCAGCACUCCGCACUGCACCUGCUACUCCAGCACUGGUUCCUAGCCCGAAUUUCUCGCCCCUGUUCAGCCAAGCAGGCAGAGGCUGCUGCCGUGGAGGAGGUGGGCGAGAGGCGUUGGCGGUGCAAGCGGCGUUGGCGUCAGCAGCAGUGGCGGGGAGCAUGGGGAGGAGGGCGAAAGGGGGGCUAAGGGGCGAUGAAAGGGGGCUGCUGAUGGGCUGGCAAGCAGUUGACAAGCUCGAAACGCCAAGGCCAGACUCCCUGAGGGGUGGAGGUGCGUGCGAGGUACACUUGGGAGAAAGGGGGGGAGGAAGGGGUGGUGAAGAAAGGGAGGUAGAAGAAAGGGAAGGGGGAUUGAAGGAAAGGCGGGAGAAGGAAGUGGGGAGAGGGGGGGUGAAAUUCAUGCGUGUGAGAGGCUCUGAGCAGUCGCUGUGGGGAGGGGAUGAUGUAUGUUCGAGUCACUCCAAGGAGUGGGAGGGGCUGCCGAAGGCAGGGCUGCUGAUGCGGAUGGCGGGGGCUAUCGAGGAUGCCUUGUAUCUCCGCAGGAAGUUUUAG